ACUUCAAUGGCGCGUUAAUAAGCUAAUGAUGCAAAUGCAGUUCCUGUUUCGAUCAUAGAUUUUAUAUAUGUAUAUCAGUAAUCUAAUUCAUUUACUAUGUCGACGCCUAAGGAUAAUACUGAAGUUGUGCGCAUGUUGCGGGAAGUAAAAAACUCAAUUUGGAAAUCUGUAACUCCGAUGAAAGUCAAUAGGCCUUUUAAUGAAUACAUCUCAAAUCUGUCUUCUUCAUCCUCUAGUAUUAACAAAAGUUUACCUUCUGUAGCAACAAGAUUACAAUUUAGUAGUAUGGAUGAGUCUCAGAUAUUUCCUGAGACUUCUAAAUUUUCAACUUUUAAAACUCCAGAUGCUAUGGAAAGAAAGUUGAGAAAUGCAGAAGUUGAACUCCAGGCAUCAAAAGCUAAGCUAUCGGAACGGGAAUCUUACAUCAGUGUAAUGGAGCCUGCUAAUAAAAAGCUUUGCUUGAGCUUAGAGACUAAAUUAGAUAAAUAUAGGAAACAAAGUGAGUUUGAUGCUAGAAAAAUUGAAGAAUUGGAAGGAAAGUUAAGAUGGGCCAAAAAGCAAACAGAAUGUGCAAAAAGUCAGGUUCUUGAAGUUGAACGGAAAAAGAAAAUUGAACUUGACAAAAUGGAAUUUAAAAUAGUAGCAUUACAACAAGAAUGUAGUAAUUUAAAAGUUGAAUUGGUGGACCUAAAAAGUGAGAAAACAGAAACUGUGCGAAAACUGCGUUCUGAACUGGGGAGACUUGAACUGAAAGUUGAUAUGUUGACUACUGAAGCUGAGAAAUCCAAAGAGUAUAUUGAAAGUCUUAAAAGAAAAAAUACUGAAAUGGCUGAAAAAAUUGCACUUUGUGACACUUAUCAGCAGGAGCUUAGGGAAGCUGAAGAUAAAAUAAAAGCAUUAGAAAAUAAAAUUGAAGCAGAUAAAGAUGCUUCUUUGAUAGUGUCAAGUCGACAAUCUGAUUUGAAAUUGCUUGUUGAUUUACGAAAAGAAAAUCAACUUUUGAAAGAAGAGCUUAGUAAUUACAAGGAGAAUAAUGUACCACUGAUUCAAGAAAAAUUGUGGAGCCUUGAAGAAAAAUUGGUUCAAGCUGAAAAGAAAAGUAUUGCACUAGCCAAAGUUCAAGUAGAGAAUGAGCAGUUGAAAGAACGAAUUAGACAAUGGGAAGAGUUAUUCGAUGACAAAUCAACAACUUACAA